GAUUGGAUAACGCGAAACUCGGACGCCGUGCGCGCGGGCCCGCUGUUCGUCGGCGCCGCCGCCGCCGUCUCGCUCCUGACGAACCGCGUCCUUAGCGGCGUCGCGCCCGUCGCGGACGCGAGCUCGUCGCAGUCGAGGGCGGACGUCCUGUGCCUCGCGAUGACCGCGUGCUUGGUGUUGACUGGUCUCACGUGGGUCGCGUUGAAGCCGAAGCCGCCGACGACGGUGGUCUUACGCGGCGACGUCGACGUCGCGUUCGUCGACGGCGACGCCGUCGACGACGCGGCGAGCGAGGAGCUGAGGUGGACGUGGGACGCGCUGCGUGCGUCCACGACGUGCGGCGCGAUGGCGGUGUUUUACGAGGGGAAGCGCGUCGCGCAGUUUGGGACGGCGCCGAAGCGCGUCGCGGCGGCGGCGGUGGCGGGGGGAUCGCACGACCCUCCGCUCGGGCCGAUCUGCGAGCGGUGCAUGCGCACCGGGGAGGGGAACUACCUCGCGAACUUGAUCUUGUUCCCCGGGCGGGUCGAGUUCGAGUCGUAUAUGCCGGAUAACGCCAUGGCGGUGUGCGUUACGCCGAUCGGGCGCGACGGCGUGUUGGUCGCCGCGAGCGGGACGCAACGCGGGUUCACCCCCGCGGAUCAGGCGUGGAUGAGCGUGAUCGCGGAGAAGCUCGACCAGAGCCUGUCG